AUGCAUCGUAAGCCGGUUCUCCUCUCGCCCUCCAAGGAAUGGCGCGACCCAAUCUUCGCCGCGCCUUCACCAUCUCGAAAGGACACCGGACCUCUCACCACCCCGCGGCACCGAGAGCCGCCGCUCUCCCCGUUCCGCUCGCCAUUGAUGGGCUCCGCCAACCCAGCAAUCCCCGCGGGGUCUCCGCUCGGCUCGCGCUCCCGGCGCGCCUUGGCCUCUCCGGUGCGGGACGUGCGCCAGGCGGACCGCGGAGACCACGGCGGCGGGGGGGGAAACAGCAAGCGGCUGGCGCAGCUCUGCAUUCUCCGCACAGCGCAAGCGCAACUCAACUCUGCGCACCUCCCGCGCCCCCCGUCUUCCGCGCAGCCGUCCCCAAUGUUCUCCGCCGAGUCCCCCAGCUCUCUGCUGUGUCAGGCGGGAAGCGCGCUAUCGUCUUCCGCGCAGGCGCGCGCGUCGUUUGAGUCGGUUCAGGCGCCGUGCAGCGCGCCGAGCGGCCCCAGGUCCGCGCGGGAGGGCGCAGCGGACAUGUUCGACCCUUUUCUCCUCCCCGCGCCCGCCUUUCCGCUCCGCGACCAACCCUCCUCCCCUCCGCCCCUGCCGGUGGCGCAACCCGCGCAAGUACCGUCGGCUGAAGACACGGGCGCAACUUCCGCAGACCGCGGAGACAGGUGUGAAAUAUUGGAGCCUCCCCGGCAUGCUGAUGACGAUGCCACGGCAGCAGCUAUGGCGGCGGAAAUUGCGGAGAAGAAUGUGACAAUGGCGAGGGAUGAACGGAGUGGGGAGAAUUUGGGGGGGCAGGAAGGGAACGGGGUCGGGCGGAUUCGGAUGGCGGGCGAAAAUAGCGGGCAGAUGGGCGUAAUGCGGGCUGAGAAGGCGGCUCUGGCGGAGCCUUUAGGUACGCGCGCGGGCUCCGAGUGCGCGGAUCGCGAGAACGUGGGGCGCAUUGACAGCCGGGGGAACUUGGGGGGGAAGCGGGGCGACAAUCCGGGCGCGUGCAGCCGCGACGCGCAGAACGCGUCAGUGCGAAGCACGCUCAUGGAGCUGGCAGCCAAUAAGAAGCUGCCACAUGGCCCGCGCAAGGGCGACCCGAUGUACGAGUGCAAGCGCUGCCCAUUUGCCUCCCCCGCCCGCUCCCCCCUGUCCCACUCCGCCGCGCUGACUCCCCCCGUGCACCUCCCCUCCCGCCUGCACAUCCCUCCUGCGCUUACCGGUCUGACUUGCGGGGGGAAUGGGGGGGUGGGCAUGGGGAGGCUGGGGCUGGUAGCGCCUGCUCUAGCUACGAUGCCAGCCGCUUGCGCCUCUACCCUGAGUCGCCCCGCUAGCAACGCCAGAUUCGAUACCGCUGCUCCUUCGGUUCCUUCGCGUCAACGCCCAGCCAUGCUUUCUCUUUCCCGUUCCGCGCAGCGCGUUCUGCGGGUCAGCGGAUCCAGCGUCGGCACCGCGCUGAUUUUAACGAGAAGUACAAUAAAGCGUAUAAUCCCGGCAGCGUUUUACUCGUCAGAUCAGUACGGCGAGAGGAAGGGACAGUAUCGGCCGCAAUCGCAGGGCUACAAGGCGGGAAAUCAGCAACGGUCAUAUGAGAAGUCGUCGUAUGGCGGACAAGAGUACCCGCAGUCGAGUCAGUAUAAGCGGUCCGAUCAGCAAUCGUCGAACCAGUUCUCGCAGUACGACCAGCAGCCGUAUCAGUCUAGGUCUUCCCCGGGUUCGUAUCAGCGACGGGGCGAGCAGCAGCAACCGCCGCAACAGCCGCCGCCUCCGCCGGCGGCGCAGCAGCAGCAGUACGGGCAAGAGGAGGCGAGCGAUGAAAUCGAGACCAUCGAAUGGCAGUCCGAGCUGUCGAAUUCCGUGCAACUGAUUGGCAACAUAGCAGCGGAGCCAGCUCUGCGGUUCUUUGACAAUGGUAACUCCGUGGCGCGAGUGAAGCUGGCGGUGGGGUGGAAGAAGGCCAACGGGGAGAAGCGCACCGACUGGUACGCAAUAGAGAUGUGGAACGAUAUGGCAAAUCUUGCGCAGAACCUCAAGAAGGGAGCGCAGGUGUAUGUGAAGGGGCGAUUGCACAUGGAGGAAUACACAGACAGAAACGGGGUGCUGAAGCUGGACCCCAAGGUGGAUGUGAAGCAGAUAUGCCUUGUGGCUAGUAAAUUCGGCGCCAGCAGCAGCAACCAGAGCAGCAGCAGGGGGCGUGAAACCAGUCCUGGGGGUUACAAUAAAGGCAGUUACAACCAGGGGGGUUACAACCAGGGGGCGUACGCCCCUCAGGAAACCACUUAUUCUGAACAGAACAGUUACAGCAGCAGUCAGGGCUAUGAUAACCAAAACUAUGGUAAUCAGGCAGGGAGCGGUGGGCAGGGGGGAGCGAUGGAUGCACCGGUGGUGGUUACAGAUGAGAAGGGGCUGCCUCGGAUUCCACGAUUUGAUGGCAAACUGAAUGCGGGGCAGGUGGAGGCAUUGUGGCGGGAGUUUUUCCAGGACCCAGUGCAAUUCUUUGACUACCGGGAGAUGAAGCAACACAAUGAAGUGCCCUCCAAGUACCCGGAUUUCAAGAAGCUAGCAACGGGCCAGCCGCUGUGGGUGGAGAGCCGGGGCACCCCUCCCUGGGUGCACGACUCCUUGCAGAGAUACGAUGAUGCCUUUGCCUUAGCCCUGGCAGGCAUGCCGCUAGAGGGGCAGGAGGAGGGUGCGGCUGGGGCAGGUGGUGGGGAGCAGUUUCAGGAGGAGUUUGGGGGAGGGGCGAUGGACGCUCGUGGGUUUUAA